AUGGACGAAGAAGGCCAACUGACCCAGCCUCAAGACCAGAGCUGCUGGGCCACCCUGCCCGAUGUGUGCCUACAUCGUAUUUUCUGGUGGCUGGGAGACAAGGACAGGUCCAGAGCAGCGCUUGUCUGCAGAAGGUGGAACCAGAUGAUGUAUUCGGCCGACCUCUGGCGAUACAGGGCCAUCACGUUUAGUGGGAGACAUUCCAGGGUACACGCGUACGAAUUUGAGUCGGCUGUUUGGUAUGUUAAGAAAUUUGGUCGUUACCUGGAGCACCUGGAGAUCAAAUUCCUGACUCCUUACAGCGUUGUCCUGACCAAGAAGUUCCAGGUCACCAUGCAAGGCCUUCUGUCGUGUCUGGGCAAGAGAAACAACCGUCUGAAAUCUCUCUCCAUCCAGUACCUGGAACUGGACCGCCUGGUCUGGAGGAACAGCGUCAGAAGCUUGUUCUUGAAAAGCUUGAGCUCCUUCUUGAAGAAAAUGGGCAAACACCUGGAUCAUCUCAACCUAAAAGGGGCCAGGCUCACCGUGGAGCAGGGCUGCCACAUCCUCAACUCCCUGAGCUACUUACGGACAGAGAGUGCGGUGUCAGAGCUCAACAUCGAGGACUAUUUCAGCCACCGCCUCGCUGUCUACAGCAGCCCCCAGUUCAACCAGACCAUGGCCACGUUCCGCAACCUGGUGUCCCUGACCCUCAACUACAACUGCAUCUCCGAUGAGCUGCUGGAGAACUUGGGUGAGAACAAUGCUGGCACCCUCUGGAGCAUGAACAUCAAGUGCCACGUUCAUGACCCCCACGGGCAGGUCGUCUGGGGCAUGUCCUGGGCCAAGCUGGCCAGGUUCGCCACCAAGCUGAAAGUCAACUUCGUCUUUGAGAAAGUCGUGCAGUAUGAGCGCUUGGCCCGGAUCCUCCUACAGGAGAUCCCGAUCAGGAGCAUUAGUCUGAGAAACUGCUCUUUCAGCAACCCCGACUGGUCCAUGAAGCCCACUCUGACGGAUCUCCUGCCCACCUUCCGGCACACUCUGCAGAAACUAAGUUUUGAGUUCAACAACAACCAUGAGUCUCUGGACGAGGAGCUGCACCUCCUCAUCUUAUCCUGCAGGGAGUUGUUUUACUUCAACAUCUGGGCUUUCCUUGAUGUUAACUUUGUGGAGCAGAUCCUGAAGAGUCAGGAAGAAGGGCGGUGUGCCCUGCGCACACUCAAGGUGAGAAUUUAUACAAACAGAUAUGAGACGCCUGAAGAGGACAGGACACUGCGGCAUAUUUACAGGAAGUACAGAAUGCUGAUCGAUUCAGAGUUUAACUAUUUUUCCGUCGCUUACUGCAUGACGUAAGGAGCGCUCUCCAGAGGAAGAAAACCAAGAGCACUUUGACCUUGACAAUCCGAGCCUCACAGAAUGACACUUCGGGCAUCCCUUACCCCCAGCCCUCUUUCUCCUCUCUCUCCUCUUUGCUAGUUUCACACCAACAUGACACCCCAGCAACGGCUGGGACUUCUGGUCAUGUGAAGACCCCAGGUGACUUUAAAGUGCUAUAUUUACCAACUA